AGGGUCUGGAUUUGUGAGAUAGGAGGUCGUGGAGGCAGAGGUAGCUCACCCAUUGUCCAGAAUGAGCAGAACUCUCCUCUAGGUGAUUCGCAUGAGUCUGUCCAAUCCCGACACCCUAUUGAUGAACAUUUAAGUGGUUUUGAUUAUUCGACCCCCGAUGAAUCUGUUCAGCAAAAGACUUUCAUUUCACCCUUUGAAAUGAGAAGCAAUCCUACUGUACUCAACAACAUCAUUUCAAUCCUGACCAACAAUUUCCACGGGCCAUGGCGUUCUUAUAUGCAUGCAGACGCUGAUCAACGCAACCGUUGGUGGAAACUGUUUCAGAGAAAGUAUGAGUGGGAUAUCUGCUUUAAUACCAAAAUGAAAAAGAAGUUCAAGUCUCGGGUCUCUGAAUGGUUGAGCAAAAAUAUUGGCAGAGCUGGGCGGGAAAACAAGAAGCCGGACUGGAUUGGAGAUGGAGAUUGGAAGGUGUUGUAAGAAUAUUGGGCCUCUGAUGCUUUUAAGAAAAAGAGACAUGCUGGAAAGAAGAACAGGAACUCUAAAGCUGGGAAGGAAUCACAAUAUCGCGGUGGCAGGAUACCGGUGACUACGCAUGUUGAAAGGCUGACGAAGGAGUUGAAUAGGCCACCCUUGAAGAUUGAAGUGUUUGACAAGGUUUAUGUCCCGAAAUCGGGCGAACCCCCAUCACGUGUAGUUGAAACGAAGCAAAAAUACAAUGAGAUGAAAGCCCAGGCUGAAUCGCAAGGGAAGUCGUACAAAGAGGAUGAUUCUGAGCUGUUUUGCGCGGUGGUCCCACUAUACAAAGGCAGGCGGUUUGGGACGGGAUCUGAAGCUGAAGUGAUGUCUGACCUUGAAUGUACCAGCCGGAUAUCGGGGCCGACUCAGAUGGAAAUUGAUUCCCGCAUCAAGGACCAGCUGGAAGCCCAUUUGGCGCAGCAGGAAAAGCAGUUUCAAACUCAGAUGGCGAACAUGACUUCUGCGUUUACUGCGUACAUGGAGCAAGUGUGAAGCUCAAACCCUUCUUUCCCGCUACCUGAUUUCUCGCCUUUUCGUACCCCGACCUCCGCCCAAAUGAAUGGGCUACAUGAAUCGAAUGAAGUGCGGCUGUCUGAUUUAUUUGUGUAAUGAACAACCUCUUUAACUUUCUGUACUGGUUCUGGACAUCUUCUGGCAAUUUAUUUGCCAUUUCUACUUUUGUUUUGGCAGUGGUUUAUCUGCCUGGACUGCUGUAACAUAAUAAUGUUCUGUUUAUUUGUGCUCUUUCAUUUGCUCUA